AGUGGGAUUAAGUACGCUUUCUGUUGGUUGUUCGUUUUGAUUGUGGCUGCUUCGUGGCUGUUUACAUGACCCAUGUAUUCUUGGAUACAUUUCACAAACAUAUUGAACACAAAAAUACUUGGAAAAGUAACAAAUGUGACGAUUUUGUUAAAUCAUGCUUAACAGAAAUAACAAUAAAAUGGAUUUACUUACCUUCAACAACAUUAUUCUUAGACAAACGAUUUCUACAUGAACUCCUGGGUCAACAGCAGGCCUGUUAGGAAGUAAAAACAACAAAAGUCAACCAAUGCUGUUUAAUUAUAAGAAGCAUUUUUGAUGUGUGGUUAAUUAAGGUCUCUCGACCACACACUGACCACAUCAAAACUUCAUCAACAAAGAGUAGUGAAGAAGCGGCAUACUCAUCUCAACAUCAUACAUACUCCGGUACAAGAACAACCUUUACAGGCACGCACAGAACGAAAAAGAGAGGCAGAGGCUGUGAACAACAAUUUUAAUUAUCACUUUGAUAAGUAUCUCACACACACACACUCACACAUACAAAUAACGCACACAAUAGCUGCCAGGCGAACACCUACACAAAAUGUUGCUGAGACCGCAAACAAAGGAGUGGUUGGCAACAUCGUCCUUAACAUCGGCAGCGGUAACAUCUGUUUUAUCAACAUCAUCAUCAACAGUGGCAACUACCAAUGCAUCCGUAGCAGCAUCCACAUCCACAUCCUUUUCCUCAUCCUCAUUCUCAUCCUCUUCAACAUCAACGCCAACGCCAACUCCAAAAGGCCUGCAACCCCAUGUGGUAACUGCAUUUAAGCCAAGACAAAGCUUUGAUAAUCGUCAACACAAUAACCGCACUCCUGCCGCUUUAGCAACAACGACAACAUGUCGCCGCUCUGGUUUUGUCAGGCCAUCAUCAGCCACGGCAGCAGCGGCAACGUUGGCAUCCGCCUACACGCAUUUAAUGCUCUUUGCCACCAUCGUCUGCCUUACAGUACAAAUGUCGAAUGCAUAUCUGAUAAUUGUCCAUGAGGAUGCCACACCUGGCACGGUGAUAUUCAAUGCGUCCGUUUACAAAUUGGGCUCGGAGCGCCACUACAAAAUCAAUGCCCACAAAUCGGCCCAUUUUGUGCACCAUCUAGUCGCUGUCAAUCACAAGGACGGCCAAAUACAGCUGAAGAAGUCACUCAAGUGUGAUGGCAUCUAUUAUCCGAAUUUGUUCACCUUCUAUGUGGACUCCACUUCGAAUCGAUUGCGUAGCAUCGAUUACUACAGCCUGCCCAUACGCAUAUUUGUGUCGGGUCACACCUGCAACGAGGAUAGGCGGGUGGAGGAGGAAAUGCAUGCACGCCACUACGAGGAGGAGGACACGGGCUAUUCGAAGAGGCGUAGAAAAAGAUUUAUAGAAGAAUUGGAUCCGGUGCUGGAAUAUGAGCGCACCUAUGGCGAGUUUAGGGAUUCGGGUGUCCAGGCAAACUCUUUGGCGCUGAACUACAAUCACAAUCAUUCGCUGAAUGAAUUUCGCGAUGGAGAUUUGCUUUUCGGCAAUUCCUUUGACAAUGAAAUGCGUCAUCGCAUCCUGAAUCGCAAGCGUCGAUCUCUGUUGUCUUCCGAAUUGGCUACUUCCUCUGCCACAUCUGCAAUUAAUCUACAUCGUCGCAUAUCAGAGGCCAAGCAAUGGAUCUCCGAAACCUAUGCCUCCUAUGCCAUACACACCACAGACAAAUGGAAUCAGAUCUGCCUACGAAAAUCGCAAUUCAUCAACAAUUUAAACGCCUUUCUGCCCCGCUCCAUAUGCCAACAUUGCAAGGUGAACUUUCUCGAUGUGAACGAUGAGCGUUUUGUCAUAGAACACCAGAAUCGGGACUUGGUGGCUAGUCGUGAUGUCUGCAUACACGAAUCCAUCUGGAAGGUCAGCAUAACCUUUAACAUACGCUGUGAUCGCAGCGACAUUGUGGAUUCGGAUCAUCGCCUGAAAAUUGUCUAUCACUAUCAGGAGUUCAAUGAUACGGACAUAGCGCGGCGGGUGAGGCGAGAGUUGCGCAACCAAUCACCCUAUUUCGAACAAGCCCUCUAUGUGGCCUCGGUGCUGGAAGAACAGCCGGCAGGAUCUAGUGUAACCACGGUAAGGGCCCGUGAUCCCGAAGACUCUCCCGUGGUAUAUUCCAUGGUCUCUCUGCUGGAUUCGCGUUCUCAAUCUUUGUUCAAGGUUGACUCACGCACUGGCAUUGUCACCACCUCGGCCAGUCUGGAUCGUGAAUUGAUGGAUGUGCACUAUUUUCGUGUGGUGGCCACCGAUGAUAGUUUUCCUCCACGCUCGGGAACCACCACGCUACAGGUCAAUGUUUUGGAUUGCAAUGAUCACAGUCCCACAUUUGAGGCGGAACAAUUUGAGGCCUCAAUACGUGAGGGAGCCACUGUGGGAUCGACGGUAAUAACUUUACGAGCUACGGAUCAGGAUAUUGGAAAAAAUGCUGAGAUUGAUUAUGGCAUUGAAAGCAUAACGGAAAAUGUUCCCGUGGGCUAUAACAUAAUUCGGGUGCAGGCCUAUGACAGCGAUGAGGGUGCGAAUGCCGAAAUUGCCUACAGCAUUUUGGAGAGAGAUGAUAACUUCCCCUUGGCAGUGGAUGCCCGCACGGGCUGGAUACAGACCAUCAAACAAUUGGAUCGUGAGGAACAAAAUCGUUUUGCCUUUCAGGUGAUAGCCAAAGAUGGUGGAGUGCCUCCCAAGUCGGCCAGUUCUACGGUGGUCAUCACAGUGCAAGAUGUCAAUGACAAUGACCCGGUGUUCAAUCCCAAAUACUAUGAGGCCAAUGUGGGUGAGGACCAACCGCCGGGGACGCCUGUUUGUACGGUAACCGCCACCGAUCCGGAUGAAGAUUCCCGCUUGCAUUAUGAAAUCACCUCGGGCAAUACCCGAGGACGCUUUGCCAUAACCUCACAAAAUGGUCGCGGCCUAAUAACCAUAGCCCAGUCUUUGGACUAUAAGCAGGAGAAGAGAUUUCUAUUGACCAUCACUGCCACCGAUUCGGGUGGUAGGGCGGAUACAGCCUCAGUGAACAUCAACAUAACCGAUGCCAAUAAUUUUGCCCCGAUUUUCGAAAAUGCUCCCUACAGUGCUUCCGUGUUCGAGGAUGCCCCCAUAGGCACCACUGUCCUGGUGGUAUCGGCCACCGACAGCGAUGUGGGCAUAAAUGCCCAGAUUACCUAUUCGCUGAACGAUGAGAGCAUAAAUGGCUUGAGUAGCCCUGAUCCGUUUUCCAUAAACGCCCAAACUGGAGCUAUAGUCACCAGUGCUUUGCUGGAUCGAGAAACCACCAGUGGCUACUUGCUAACGGUAACUGCCAAGGAUGGGGGCAACCCUUCGCUGAGUGACACCACCGAUGUGGAGAUAAGCGUCACCGAUGUCAACGAUAAUCCACCGCAGUUUAAGAAUCCCCUAUACCAGGCCUCCAUACUGGAAGACGCCUUGGUGGGUACCUCAGUGCUGCAGAUAUCAGCCUCCGAUCCUGACAUAGGCCUAAAUGGACGCAUCAAAUAUUUGCUAAGUGAUCGCGAUGUGGAGGAUGGUUCUUUUGUGGUGGAUCCCACCUCGGGCACCAUACGCACCAACAAGAAUUUGGAUCGUGAAAGUGUGGCCAUUUACCAUUUGACUGCCAUAGCAGUGGACAAGGGUUCGCCGGCCAUGUCCAGUACAGUGGAGGUGCAAAUUCGCCUGGAAGAUGUCAACGAUUCGCCGCCCACCUUUCCCUCGGACAAGAUAACGCUGUAUGUGCCGGAGAAUUCCCCUGUGGGCUCGGUGGUGGGCGAGAUACAUGCCCAUGAUCCGGAUGAGGGUGUGAAUGCGGUGGUCCAUUACAGCAUAAUUGGUGGCGACGAUUCGAAUUCCUUUUCUUUGGUUACCCGUCCUGGCUCGGAGAGAGCCCAACUGUUGACCAUGACCGAGCUGGACUAUGAAUCCAAUCGCAAGCGAUUUGAGCUGGUAAUACGAGCCGCCUCUCCUCCUCUACGCAAUGAUGCCCAUGUUGAGAUACUGGUAACCGAUGUCAAUGACAAUGCCCCAGUGCUGCGCGAUUUUCAGGUGAUAUUCAACAACUUCCGUGACCACUUCCCCAGCGGCGACAUAGGCCGCAUACCCGCCUUUGAUGCCGAUGUCAGCGACAAGCUUACCUAUCGCAUACUCUCGGGUAACAAUGCCAAUCUGAUACGGCUCAACCAGACCACAGGAGGCCUGAGCUUAAGUCCCCAGCUCAAUACCAAUGUGCCGAAAUUUGCCACCAUGGAGGUGUCGGUGACGGAUGGCAUCAACGAAGCCAAGGCCAUCAUGCAACUGGCGGUGCGCCUCAUCACCGAGGAUAUGCUUUUCAAUUCUGUCACAGUGCGUCUCAAUGAAAUGACCGAGGAGGCUUUUCUCUCGCCUCUGCUGAAUUUCUUCUUGGAUGGAUUGGCCGCCAUCAUACCUUGCCCCAAGGAGAAUAUUUUCAUUUUCUCCAUACAGGAUGACACGGAUGUAACCUCGCGCAUACUCAAUGUCAGCUUCUCUGCCAAGAGACCCGAUGUGUCGCAUGAGGAGUUCUAUACGCCCCAAUAUCUGCAGGAGCGAGUCUAUUUGAAUCGAGCCAUUCUGGCACGUCUGGCCACCGUGGAGGUGUUGCCCUUCGAUGACAAUCUGUGUGUGCGCGAACCCUGCCUGAAUUUUGAGGAGUGCUUGACGGUAUUGAAAUUUGGCAAUGCAUCCGAUUUCAUACACAGCGACACGGUGCUCUUCCGACCCAUUUACCCAGUGAACACCUUCGCCUGCUCCUGUCCGGAGGGCUUUACUGGCAGCAAGGAGCACUACUUGUGUGACACCGAAGUGGAUUUGUGCUAUUCGGAUCCCUGCCACAAUGGGGGUAGCUGUGUGCGCCGCGAGGGUGGCUACACCUGUGUCUGUCCACCCUCCCACACGGGGGUUAAUUGUGAAAAUGAUAUCAAAAAGUUGAAGCCUUGCAUGUCGGACAUCUGCGAGGGUGGUCUGUCGUGCAUGAACAACUACAUGAGCUCCCAGCCGCCACCCUACACACCCACGUGUGAGUUGCGUUCGCGCUCCUUCUCACGCAACUCUUUCCUGACCUUCGAAAGCCUGAAGCAAAGGCAUCGCUUCAAUGUGAAGUUACGCUUCGCCACCGUCCAUGAGAACGGUUUGCUGCUCUACAAUGGCCGCUACAAUGAGCUGCACGAUUUUGUGGCCCUCGAAGUGGUGCAGGGUCAUGUCACAUUCACCUUCUCCCUGGGCGAUCGCAGUGAAAAAGUGGCGGUGGUGCAAAAUCGCAAAGUAUCCGAUGGCCAAUGGCAUGAGGUGGAGCUGGUGUAUUUGAAUCGCACCGUCACCCUGAUAGUGGAUAAAUGUGAUACGGCCAUUGCCUUGGCUGGCAAUUUGGGCAAUCGUUGGAAUUGUGCCAACCAAACCACCCUGAAGCUGGACAAACGUUGCGCCCUGCUCACCGAGACCUGUCAUCGUUUUCUGGAUCUGACAGGACCGCUGCAAAUAGGCGGUUUGCCCCGCAUACCCGCCCACUUCCCCAUCGACAAUCAAGACUAUGUGGGCUGCAUUUCGGAUUUGCGCAUAGAUGAGCGCUACAUCGACUUGAACUCGUAUGUGGCCGACAAUGGCACCAUUUCCGGCUGUCCCCAAAGGAAUCCCUUGUGUUCCUCGGAGCCCUGCUUUAAUGGGGGAGCCUGCCACGAGGGCUGGAACACCUACACCUGUGAAUGUCCCGAGGGAUAUGCUGGCAACAAUUGCCAGGAGAGCAUACCAGCGCCUUGGCGUUUCUCCGGAGAUGGCAGUCUGAGUUUUAAUCCCUUGCUGCGGCCCAUACAAAUGCCCUGGGUAACCUCGCUGGCGUUGAGGACUCGCCAAAGGAAUGCCUUCCUCAUACAAAUACAAAUAGGACAAAACAGUUCGGCGGUGAUAUGCCUUAAGGAUGGCAUUCUCUACUACAUUUUCGAUAACGAGCCCAUGUUCCUGGCGGGGGCCUUUCUGGCCGACGGCGAAUGGCAUCGGGUGGAGAUUAAGUGGAUGGGCUCUGAGUUGAUGUUUUCGGUUGACUUUGGCCAACGCUCUGGUGCAGUGCCUGUUGCGCAAAAGAUUCAAGGCCUCUAUGUGGGUAAAAUAGUCAUAGGCAGUGCGGACAGCUCCAUUGGCCAUGUGGACGAUUUACUGCCCUACGAGGGCUGCAUACAGGAAGUGCGCAUAGGAGCCUCUCAGGCGGUGUUGUCGAGGCCCACCAUACGUGAAAAUGUCGAAGAUGGUUGCCUCUCGAAGGCCGAAUGUCCGGCCAUGUGUACUGCUCACUCCAGCUGCACCACCUCCUGGGACCAUGCCGAGUGCGAAUGUCUGCCCGGCUAUGUGGGUCCCGAUUGUCUGCCCAUCUGCACCGUCAAGCCUUGUGUGGCGGGAGUCUGUCGUGCCAACAUCAGUGAGCCCAAGGGUUAUCGUUGCGAGUGCAACUCUACCUAUCAACACGGCGAGUAUUGUGAGAAAACGGUGCAGCAACCCUGCCCCGGUGGCUGGUGGGGCGAGAAGGUAUGCGGGCCCUGCAAAUGCAAUGUGAAGCAAGGCUAUCACCCCGACUGUCACAAAACCACUGGUCAUUGUCAUUGCAAAACCAACCACUAUCAGCCGCCCAAUGAAACGGCCUGCAUACCGUGUGACUGCUAUUCCAUAGGAUCCUUCAACAGCGCCUGCAAUCCGCUGACCGGACAAUGUGAAUGCCGCGAAGGUGUUAUUGGUCGCCGUUGUGACUCCUGCUCGAAUCCCUAUGCCGAGGUUACUCUCAAUGGCUGCGAGGUGGUCUAUGAUGCCUGUCCCCGCUCCUUUGCUGCCGGUGUCUGGUGGCCUCGCACCCCCUUGGGCAGCACCACUGUGGAAAACUGUCCGGCGCCCUCACGUGGUAAAGGUCAGCGCAGCUGCAACAUAUUGUCGGGCGGCUGGAAUGUGGCCGAUAUGUUCAACUGUACCUCGGAACCUUUUGUGGAACUGCGAAAGCAGCUUUCGCAAUUGGAAAAGCUGGAAUUGGAGCUGAAUUCGUUUGUGGCCAUUAAAACCGCGGAGAAUCUUCAAAAGGCCUGCACCACCGUGGAUCGCAGCACCAAAGUCCAUAAGAAACCCUCGAACAAGGAUCAUCGCCGCUACAAAAUGGAAUCCUCGUUUCUGCUCAAUGAGCAACACGCCGCCACCAACAUCAAAGAUAACAAUGUGUGGUCACAUGAGCUGGAAUUGGAAUAUCUCUCGGAUGAAAUGAAGUUUUCCCAUGAUCGCCUAUAUGGAGCCGAUCUGCUGGUUACCGAAGGCCUGCUCCAAGAGCUCAUCAACUAUGAGCUAAUGCAGAAUGGCCUCAAUCUGACCCAUUCCCAGGACAAGUAUUUCAUCAAAAAUCUGGUGGAGGCGGCCAGUGUCAUAUUGGAUCGCAAAUAUGCGGGAGAGUGGCGUCGAGCCUCCGAGCUGAUACAACGAGGGCCCGACGAUCUGCUGGAUGCCUUCAACAAAUACAUGGUGGUGCUGGCCAGAUCCCAGCACGACACCUACACCAGUCCCUUCGAGAUAGUGCAGCCCAAUAUGGCCUUUGGCUUGGACAUAGUCACCGCCGAGUCCCUGUUCGGCUAUGAGCCAGAGCAGCUGAGCGAGUAUCAUAAGACCAAAUAUUUCAAGCCCAAUGCCUUUACCACCGAAAGCAUUAUUUUGCCCGAUACCAGUGGAUUUCUGCAGCAUUCGGCCAAACAGAAGCCGGUCAUCACCUUUCCCAAGUACAACAACUACAUACAGGACAAGACGAAAUUCGAUAAAUUCUCCAAGGUACUGGUGCCGCUGGACAUGUUGGGCAUAACGCCACCCGAAAGCAAUGAGGUCACCUAUGGCAGUGGCAAUGAUUACAAGGCCAUCGUCUCCUAUGCCCAGUACAAAGAUGUGGGCCAAUUGCUGCCGGAUAUGUUCGAUGAGACCAUCACGCGACGCUGGGGGGUGGACAUAGAGGUGGCCUCUCCCAUAUUGUCCUUGGCCAUACUGGUUCCCUCCACGGAGGCCGAGGAGAAACGCAUUGAAAUUCCCUAUCGCAAGAUAUCAACACAGAAGACCUACUCGGCCACGGGCUCCAGUGAACAGGAGUUCAUAGAGGUCUUCGAUGUGCCCAAGAAGCAUGGCCAGGGUCAGACUUCAGCAGCAGCAUCCAAUUCGGGCAGUGAGGAGCAUAUGAUAGAGAACAUUCGCAUAACAGCCCAUGAAAUACCACCAGCAACGUCGGUCUCCUCAGCCUCCUCCUCCUCCUCGUCGUCGUCACGAGAACAUGACAGCAAUGAGGCGGUGGAAAUUGAGGAUGGCGAAGAGCCACACAUCAAUGUCCACUUUGAGGACAACAUCGAAUUCCAUGGCAAUUCGGGCGAAGAAGUCAUCAUCAGUUCGCCCGAGGAUAUGGCACAUGAGUAUGACCAAUCCCAGGAAAUGCAUGAGGAACACGAGUCCGAGGAGCACUCGUCCAAGGGGGAAAACGAGGCCUUCUAUCGCCAUCGACGCCUGGUCAAGCGGCAGGUGGAAGUCAUCUAUCCCAGUGAGCAAAUGCAGACGCCACAACACAUCUCCUAUCGUUCGCUGGGCUCACCACAUCUCUCACAGCCCAUUAAAUUGCAAAUGUGGUUAGACAUAGAGGCCGCACGCUUUGGGCCACGCUCCAAUCCUCAAUGUGUGCGCUGGAAUUCAUUUACCAAUCAAUGGACUCGCCUGGGCUGUCAAACCGAUAUACCCGACUACGAAUCAAUGCAUUUGGCAGCCAGUGCUGCUGGCGCCUCCACCUCCGCCUCCGGCUCCAACUCAUCGCCGCCACCCGCCAUUAUUGUCAAUUGCACCUGCACUCACAUCUCUAAUUAUGCCGUCAUUGUGGACGUUAUCGAUCCCGAGGAUAUACCAGAGCCCUCAUUGCUGGUGCAAAUCACUUCGUAUUCGGCCUUCCUCGUCUCGCUGCCCGUGCUGCUCAGUGUUUUGAUUGCAUUAGCCUUGUUGCGUGGCCAACAGACCAAUUCGAAUACCAUUCACCAGAAUAUCGUCCUGUGCGUGUUCUUCGCCGAGCUGCUGUUCUUUGUGGGCAUGCAAUCGAGGCGUAAUUUGCUCGAAAAUGAAUUCCCCUGCAAACUGAUUGCGAUUUGUUUGCAUUAUUUCUGGUUGGCUGCAUUCGCAUGGACCACCGUGGACUGUGUGCAUUUGUAUCGCAUGCUAACGGAGAUGCGUGAUAUUAAUCAUGGUCCAAUGGGUUUCUACUUUGCCAUGGGUUAUGGUGCGCCCGCCAUCGUAGUUGGCCUAUCGGUGGGUGUGCGAGCACAUGAAUAUGGCAAUAGUCUGUUCUGUUGGCUGUCAGUGUAUGAACCCGUCGUUUGGUGGCUAGUUGGACCAAUAGCUGGCAUGUCAGUUGUCAAUCUGCUGAUACUGUUUGUCUCCGUGCAGGCUGCUUUUACCCUAAAGGAUCAUGUACUGGGAUUUGGCAACUUACGCACUCUCCUUUGGCUGUCAGUGGUAUCCCUGCCCCUCAUGGGUGUCAUGUGGGUAUUGGCUGUUUUGGCUGCCUCAGAAAGUUCCCAACUGCUGAGUAUGUUGCUCUCCGGAGUGGUGGUGCUGCAUGCCAUCUUUUGUUUGGUGGGCUAUUGCAUAAUCAACAAGCGUGUCAGGGAAAAUCUACAGAGGACAUUUUUGAGGUGUAUGGGCAGAAAGGUGCCACUUUUGGAUUCAUCCAUGGUGGUCAGCAACAGCUCGCACAAUGUCAAUGGUGGCCAAGCGAGGCCAAAUAACUUUCUCAAUGCCAAUGGUUAUGAUACACAGCGCCGAAACGUGGGUAUAAGCGUCUCCAGCACCACCUCCAGGAGUACGGCCAAGACCAGCUCCAGUCCCUACAGUGAUGGACAAUUGCGCCAGACUUCGACCUCCACCUCAAAUUACAACUCCAACUCGGAUGCACCUAGCUUCCUGAGGGGCUUUGAUUCCUCCACCACCAGUGGUCAGCGGGAGAACAAAUCACGACGUCAUCAUCGUAAGGACUCUGAUUCUGGCUCGGAAACUGAUGGCCGCUCCUUGGAGUUGGCCUCCAGUCAUUCCAGUGACGAUGAUGAGUCCAGAACCAAUCGCUCCUCCACCACUGGCACUGCUACCAGCACACAUCGCAGCACUGCUGUUAGCAUAACACCCUCCUACCUGCCCAACAUCACCGAACAUGUUCAGGCUACCACACCACCCGAAUUGAAUGUGGUACAAAGCCCUCAAUUGUUUCCAAGUGUAAAUAAACCCGUAUACGCUGCCCGCUGGUCCAGUCAGCUGCCAGAUGCCUACCUACAAUCGCCUGCCAAUGUGGGCAGAUGGUCGCAGAACACCGAAUCGGACAAUGAGCAUGUUCAUCAUGGCCAGAAAAUUACCAUAUCACCCAAUCCCUUGCCUAAUCCCGAUUUGACGGACACCUCCUACUUGCAGCAGCAUCACAACAAAAUCAACAUGACCCCCUCCAUAUUGGAGAAUCUGCAAAAUGCCCGUCCCUCCGAGAGCUAUGAUGCCCUGGAGCGGGAGAGCCUUUAUGGCAGACGACCCGAUAAUUAUGUGCAAUAUGAUGGGCUGCCGCCCAACAUCACCAAUUACAAGCCGCCCAGUCACUAUGGCAGUGAGCAUGACUACAAUGGCAGCAAUGGCAACAACAGCAGCAAUGGCAGCAACCACACCUCCAAUGGGACCGGUAAUGGGGCCAAUGGCAACGGAGGCACUCAAAUAGUCAAUCACAUGCGCACCUUCAACAAUGACAAUGCCUAUCUGAGUGACAGCAUCUAUGACAAGCAGCCGCGUACCCUGGGUUCACCCUACAUGUCCAAGGAUCGCAUAGCGCCCGACAUCUAUGGCUCGCGAGAGAAUCAUUAUAGUCUGAAAAAGCAUCAGCCACCGCCCAUGUAUGGAGCGGAUUCAGUGCAUUCGGUGCAUUCACUGCUGCGCAAUGACUACCAUCAUCAACAGCAGCAGCAUCAACAGCAGCGGCUGCAUCAGCAGGAUCAUCAUUCCGAUCGUUUGUCGGAGAAUUCCGAUAAAAAUGGUUACCACUUCCCCUACACUGCCGAAGAGGAUCACCUGACAACCACAGCACGUAAACUAAGUUUGCAGCACUCUCACUCCUCCUCGCUGCAUGGUAGUUCACACCAAAUUCUAAACGGUCACCAUCCGCAUCAUAUGACGGCGCCCAACAAUGGCAGCCAUAGCAUGGUGAAUGACAUCAACAAUCCCGGUCUGAUGGGUAGACAUACGCUGAAUGGUUCACGCCACAGUUCGAGAGGCUCAUCGCCGCCCACUUCGAGUAUAGCGCCAAUGCAGCCAUUGGCCCCUCUCACCAGCAUUACCGAUACAGAUUCAUCCUGGUCCUGGGAUCGUUUAAAGAAAAUCUAAUCAUGGACUUUGUAUUAUUCUCUAUUCUUUUCAACUCUAUGCAAUUGCUUUGCUCUACGCUUUUGUGUGUGUGUGCGUAUAAUUGUAACAACAACCACUACAACAACCAUAAUAAUGAAAAUAAUUACGGCGAAU